AUGGCUGCACCCGCGGAGGAGACGCCCGCCGCCAAGGAUACGGCGUCCUCGCCGCCGGCGGCGGCGAGGUCCCGGGGGUUCUGGUUCCUUGGGGAGGACAAGUCUGUCCACAAGGCUCUCGGCGGGGCUGCUGAUGUACUAUUGUGGAAAGACAAGAAGACCUCUGCUUCUGUAGUUGGUGGUGCAACUAUCCUAUGGGUUCUGUUCGAAAUUGUGGAAUACCAUCUCCUGACCCUGGUUUCUCAUGUGCUGAUUGUUGCACUGACCAUCUUGUUCCUAUGGUCCAAUGCCACUGUCUUUAUCAAAAAGAGUCCUCCUGAUGUUCCUGAAGUGCAGAUAUCUGAAGAUCUUGCUGUGAACAUUGCUCUAGCAUUGCGUGCUGACAUCAACAAGGCACUUGCCUUGCUUCGGGAGAUUGCUCUGGGCCAUAACCUGAUGAAGUUCCUAGGCGUGAUCGUUGCCCUUUGGAUUCUUUCAGAGAUCGGAGAGCUCUGCGAUCUCCUGAGAUUCAUGUACAUUGCGGUCUUGAUCCUCCAUACGGUGCCGAUAUUGUACCACAAGUAUCAGGACCAGGUGGACGAGUUCGCUGCAAAGGCACACAGUGAGCUCUGCAAGCAGUACAGGGUCCUGGACGCCAAAGUUCUGAGCAAGAUUCCGAGAGCUCCACCAAAAGAUAAGAAACAGAACUAG